CAAGAAAAGCUUAUGAUCUUACAAAAGGAUACCACUCCUAUCAUAGCUUGGUGGCAAAUGACCUUUCUUCAGAAUUAUAAUGGCUUGUCUUUAUUUGGUCUUGAAAAUUCUAAAGUGCAACAAAUGUUAAAUAAAAAAAAUAUAGCAGUAAAAUACAAUAUUUUGCAUUUGAAUAAUUUUGACAUAAUAGAAGAAUUAUUUGAGAAACAUCUUUAUAACCAAAUUUCUACUACAAAAAUAAAUUGGUAUUAG